AUGGCAAAGCUUUUGGGAAGGGAAUUUAGCCGAGUACUGACUACAACGAGAGGAACUUCCGGGUACCUUGCACCUGAAUGGAUUAGUGGCAUUGCCAUUACACCAAAAGUUGAUGUGUAUAGCUACGGGAUGAUGUUGCUGGAAAUAAUAUCUGGAAAGAGAAACUCAUGGGCACCAUGUACUAGCAGUGGCAACCUUGGCGUGUAUUUCCCUGUGCAUGCCGCACAAAAGCUUCUUGAAGGAGAUGUCGGGAGUUUGGUAGAUCACAAGCUACAUGGUGAUGUCAAUUUGGAUGAAGUUGAACUGGCUUGCAAGGUUGCAUGUUGGUGCAUCCAAGAUGAGGAGCUUGAUCGGCCAACAAUGGAACGGGUGCUUCAGAUUCUUGAAGGACUAGUUAAGAUUACGAUGCCUCCUAUACCAAGACUGCUCCAAGCUAUAGCUUGA